AUGGCCACAGUGAAAGAAGACAUCGAGGUCAACGCAGACCACGAUGAACACUCAUCCCAGGCCCCUCAUUCGACUAUGCCUGUUUCGAACGUCACUUGGUACAAGCACCCUGGGCUGCGUAAGCUUUAUGCUAUGAUGCCUAUCCUCUUUCUGGGCUCAACCGUCAAUGGUUAUGAUGGAUCUCUUCUCAAUGGCUUGCAGACUAUGACCCCCUGGCAGGAUUACUUUGACAAUCCUUCAGGUUCUAGACUGGGCCUAUUCACGGCGAUUCAAAACAUAGGUGGUAUCUGCGCUCUGUUUUUCGCAUCUUAUGCUGCAGACAUCAUUGGGCGUAGGGCUGGUGUCACGAUUGGCCUGAUAAUAAUAUUUGUCGGAACCAUCAUCCAGGUUGUUCCUUCAGUCAACUCCGGCAUGUUUAUUGCAGGUAGAUUUCUAGUUGGUCUCGGAUCCAAUAUAUCACAAGGUUCUGCGCCCCUACUAAUCACUGAGCUUGCACACCCAUCACACCGCGGCACAUUGACGACUAUGUAUAACACUCUGUGGUAUUUGGGGUCAAUUAUUGCGGCAUGGACAGUCUUUGGAACGCUCAAGUAUACUUCAGAUGCCGCAUGGCGGAUUCCCGUUGGAAUGCAAGCAGCAAUGCCAACAUUACAACUUUUGGGGAUCUGGCUGCUACCUGAAAGUCCUCGUUGGCUUUGCUCUAAGGACCGCGGUGACGAAGCUUACAAAAUCCUUCUCAAGUAUCAUGGAAAUGGCGACGUCAACGAUCGUUUCUGCGAAUGGGAAUUCCGUGAAAUCCAGGAUACCAUUCGAUUGGAAAAAGAAAACUCGUCGAAUGGAUGGCAAGUAUUAUUACAGACGAAAGGUAACCGCAAGCGACUAUUUAUAAUCGCCAUGGUAUCAUUCUUUUCCCAAUGCUCAGGAAAUGGACUCGUAUCCUAUUACCUUCACGACAUUCUUAACUCGGUUGGAAUAACGGCAUCCUAUGACCAGUCAAUGAUUAACGGAGGCCUGCAAAUUUGGUCUUUCCUUGUCGCAAUUGGCUUUUCAUCUUUCUUGGUGGAUCUCUGGGGUCGACGAACACUUUUCAUGAUCGCAGGCGUCGGCAUGUUGGUCAGUUUUAGUAUUUGGACUGGCUGUUCUGCCGUUUAUGCACAAACCGGGAACUCUUCUGCAGGCAGUGCUGUCAUUGCAAUGAUAUUUAUCUUCUAUGGUGUUGCUGGGUUUGCGUGGCCAGGUCUGACAGUUGCUUAUUGUGCCGAAAUCCUUCCAUUCAACAUUCGAGCAAAAGGAUUAGCCGUCAGUUUCGCGCUCACUGCCGCCUCCUCGGUGUUCAACCAGUAUGUGAAUCCGAUUGGCCUCCAACAUUUACAAUGGCGAUACUAUUUUGUCUAUAUUUCCAUUCUUGUCGUUGAGUGUCUAGCCAUCUGGUUCUUCUUUGUUGAAACAAAGGGACCGACACUCGAGGAGAUUGCAGAGUUGUUUGAUGGCGAGAGUGCCAACGUUGCUCAUACCCAGAAGAGAAGCAUUCUUGAUAAAGCAGAAACAUGA